UUACCUAACCUAUGGUCAGGUCCACCGUGCAUGGUUCGCUCAAUCUAAAUAUGUAUUCAUAUACUAAUAAACGAAAAAUUACGAUUAAUUAAUUUCAAAGUAAAUUAUUAAUUAAGGAAUUGGUUCAAUAUAGUAAGUUAACGGUUAAAGUUAAAAAAUAUUUCAAUCAAAUUUUAAGAGUUGGUAUAUUUUAUAAUCAAAUCGUUGUGGUCAUACUGUGGUCUGCUUCAUACCAUUGUGAAUUAUGAUUAUAUAAAUAAUAUCCUUUGUAGUUUAAUGGCAAUGUUACAACUUGGUGGGGCAUUUUCCCAUACCACAGUGAGAAUAUGUCCACGAAUAUCUUUGUGGGUCACAGCUCAACAUUUUGCAAAUGUAAGCUCAGUGGCACCAAAUCCUGAUGCUGUAGAGAAUGCAGUCAAGGAGCCAAUCAAAGUUUUUAAUAAAGUAAAAUAUCCAAGCAAAAAAUUACCUGGUGAUGAAACAUUGGUUACAGCUGCAUUUAAAUAUCUAAAUAAUCAUUACAUGCCAACUAAUAGGAAAAACAACACUAGGGAACAAUCAUUUCUUGAUUCAAAUAUUCGUUCAGCGAAAACUGUAGAUCAGUUGUUGGACACAGUUAAUCAUCCUGAAUUCAGAGAAAAGAAUGCAUCAAACGUUGUUCAUGUUUUGUGUAACUGGAUAACAACAGGAGCUGUUGCCAUGAUUGAUAUUCAAAGUGAUGAAAGGUACUUGAAAGUUUGCAGAAUUCUAGGUAUUGAAAAACAAUCUGCAAAUCCAUUAGAUAUAAUGUCAUCAAAUAAUGAAAAUUACAAGUUACCUUACACUCAAAUAUUGCAAACUGAAAAUGUAAAUAAACAAAUUGAAAAUCUGAAUACAAGCCAGAUAAUCUCAGUUUUAAUAGCAUUAGCUAAUAGACAUAAACGGGUAACACCAACAUUGAAAUUAUUGGCUCAAAAAAUAUCUUUAUCAGAUGAUAUCCUCAACAUUAAGCAGCUAUCAGAUAUUUUAUAUAGUAUGGCGAUACUUAAUUUUUAUGAUGAAAUGUUGUUGAAAAAAGUCUGUAUAGAACUGUCAAAGCUAGUACCUAAAACUGACAGUGCUGCAGUAAUCCGAUCCUUAUUGAAGUCUCUGGGAAUAUUGCGUUACAGAAAUGAAGCAUUACUUGAUUUAUUAUUUUCAUGGGUAGCCGAAAAUGAAAACAUUAUACGGUCAAAUGAAAUUUGUGGUUUGCUAAUGACUUUAGCUCAAUUAGGUUACACGCCUAAUAAUUUCAAUAAAGUAUUUGAGAGCAUAGUGUUGCCAUUGAAAGAAAGUGAUAUGUGUCAAAGUAGUGAAUGGUUGGAUAUUGUUUGGGCUUUGACUAUAUUAGAUAAAGCUACCUCACAGCAUUAUGAAUCAGUUUUGAAUGAUAGUUUCCUAAACAGAAUAUUUGAUACAACAGAUACUGUUAUAGCAAGGGUGAUUAAAUUACUGAAUGUUAAUGCUGCCGCUCGUUUUUGUGAAGAUUAUCAAGGGCCUUUUAUUCCAGAGAACUCUUCUUUACUGAAUACACCACUAACAAGACCAAAGGACAAAAUUGAAUUGUCAAAUUCAAUAAUUAGUGCUUUAAAAAUAUUGUUACCAUCUGACUCUGUUUAUUUGAAUACAAAUGUUAUUACUGACAUGGGUUUAUUGAUAGAUGCUGAAAUUUGUGUAGAUAGUAACUGCACACCAUUACCACUCGAUUCCAAAUCAGAAGGAGACAAAAAAGUAUUCAGGAUAGCACUUGUUACUUGCUCUUAUCAAGAAUUUUGUCGAAACAAAAAAGAAAUAAUAGGACCUAUAAAAUUUUAUAAUAAAUUAUUGACAUUAAAAGGGUACAAAGUACUUUUAUUACCGUACUCAGAUAUUAACAUAAAAGAUAAACUUGUGGUACGUGUAAAAUAUAUAAAGGAUAAUAUAACACAACUUUUGCAAGAUGUUCCAAUGCAAUAAUCUAUUGUAUAAACUUACUUGUUUAUUUAAGAUUAGUAACGAAAUGUCAUCUUUCAUUUUAAUGUCAUAAAAGUUUUUCACGAUACAUGCUUUGUGAACAAGUAAUUGAAGUGAAUCAUGUAGAUAAUUCAAAAAUUGAUAACAACUGUCAAAAGUUAUGUUUUAAGAAAAAUAAUAAAAUUUGUAAAAAAAU